AUCCUCUACCAGCGCCAGUAACACCAGACGACAAGGUCAGUUUGCGGAUACCCAGGCGCAUGUGGGAUGGUUCACACCAAGAAACGGAACCAAAAAUCAAAGGCUUCCUUCAUCGCUGUCGAUGCACUCUCACGUCUGCCCAGCCGGCCCUCCGUGUGCUAAGACUGAAGUCUUCGCCGCCUUCGCUCGACUCUUUGCAACUUCACCCCUUUCUCCCGCCCCUCUCGGCCACUCGGCCACCUCCAACAAGCUCUUGGCAAACCACUAAGGCACGUUGGCCAAUCUUGAUUCUUCCCCCGAUUCCUAGCAAGAGCGAAAGAAGAGAACGAGAACAAGCAUUCGAGUCGGUGUGCGCGCGCCGCUCUAACCCGCUAACUCGCCUGCGAACCUUGCUUCUUCUCAUUUCUUCUUGUUAAUGAGAUGACAUGCUUCGUCUCUAGCCCCCGGUCCGCGAUUUUGCGACAAUCCGGCCCAUCCACUUCAAUCCACACUUCGUGCCCAACCGUACGCCAAGCGAGAGCCAAGCCAACUGUAUCUCUUUGCCUUUCUUUCGCAACCCUUUCGUGCCUCUUUCACGUUUGCAAGAUGGCCCAAAUUAUUAGUCCGACGCCUGGCUCGGUCCCGUAUUGGAAAUGGGGACAGCGGCUCAGUCCCGCAACCUCUCUUUCGGCGCUCAAAUCUCUUGGCCAGGACCCAUCAAUGUCGCAGGAAGCCGUCUUGGUCGCAGGGGUACAAGUUGAGGGGUCGGCUAGACCACACUGCGGAUACACGCUGCAGACGAGACAACGACGCAAGCCUUGGGAGGGAAAUAGAGAUCAAAAAGGGAUGCACUCCCAAGACACCAAGCCGGCAGGCACAAGCGGUCGGGAAAAGAGGGAGCCCAUGCCAAGGCGAAACGAAAACAACGUCCACUAUUUUGCCUUUCCACGCCAUUCGGCACCCAUUGCAGUCUGCAAUGAUGCCAUUCGCAGCCCAUUCUCCCGCCCAGAAUUCCGUCCCGAUCUUCCGGUGUUGCUUUUGCGGGUUGGCCUUGGAAUCGAUAACCUCUCCGCCCUUGUUCAUGUACCCAUACCACUUCUCACCGACACGGUCCCCGCUAAAACAGGAAUCGCCAUAUGCGACCUGCAGUCUCACCGAAGCAGAGGAGCAAGGUCCCCUAUCUGGCGCGGACUGAUGGACCAGCCAAAUCACUACUUCAAGCCACGGGGCAGGCAGGGGAAGGCGUAUGCUCGCUAUCUAUCAAAUAUCAACUCAUCAAUGUUGCACGGCACAGAGACCAUGGACCAUCUAGUAAGGUCGAAAACAUGGCAUGCUCCCGCUGCCAUCGCCGUCAAUCAAUGGAGGAACCAAUCGGGAUUCCGAGAGAUAACGGGUUUCCAAAAGCUCGUCAGAGGCAGCUCAAUGUCAUGGACUUCUCGAUGCGCCCCGACAUCCUGCAUUGUCGCAUGUCGACGAUGACCUACACUGAAUGCAUUGUAAGGUCUUACAGGAUCGCUUGCCUGCGGCAAAUGCUAGUGUCUUGCGACGGCACGCAUGCCGUAAUCAAACAUCCUGUUCAGCGCGGCUUCCUGCUUGCGUUCUGCAGCAUCCCUAUCUGACGUUCAACCGACACCAACCAGGAAGAG